AUGGAUUAUGAGGAGAUAUUGUUUGGUUUGAAGGAAGUGUUGGAGGCGGAUAAGGCACUAGAUAUAAAAGUAGAGGAAGAAGGCUGCUUAGGAAGUUAUGUAUCAGUAUUGGAUCGUUUAGCUGUACAUCUACGGUCUCAAUCUAAUAGGGAUAUUGUGAGGGAGUCUGGAUUGUUAGGCAAGUUAUUCCGGAGCCUGGGCGUAAUAUUGGAUGGUGCGUUCCAUGGAGGGGAGAAUAAGGCAGAAUUGUUCCAAUUAGGCUCUGAGGUUAUUCGUUGUAUAGCCAACUGUUUUAUUGACAACGAUAAAAAUCGGAAACUGUUUAUUGAGCCACAUUCGACUAAGAGAAAUGAGAUUUUAGACUAUCACGUUGGACUGAUUUUGAAGUUAGAAUCUGCAGACCGGUGUAUUAGUGGGUUGCAGAUGAGGACAAUAGUUAUGGUGCGGAAUCUUUGCUUUGAAAGCGAGGAGUAUCGCAGUCGGUGUGUUGAACCUGUAGUUGGCCCAUUGAUACUGUUCUUGAAAAGACACUCGCAGGAUUAUCUUGAAGAAGAGUUUUCAAGUGCAGUUGUACUUGGAUUGCAAUUCUUGUGUGAUAUUAUGGGUGUUUUUUAUUCGCAAUUUGAUAUUGAGAACAUUAUGUUCUUUGCCACAUUAUUAAGACGAGCUGCUGCCACGCUUGAAUCAAGUAACACUAGAGAUUCGUCUGCGGAAGAGGAGCAACAACAACAACAACAACAAGAAGAAGAAGAAGAAGAACCGUGCAAUGAAAUUGUGAUCUGUUUAACACAAAUCAUCGAGACUUGUUUGGAUAAAAACUCCAAAUUAGACUUUUCGGAUCUCUGUAGAAAUUCCAAGCUUCAACGUACACUACUAGAGACUUUAGAUAUCCUAUACGAAAAGACUUUUAUCAAUAAGCUGAUCGUGAUGAGGAGCAUCACAUCAAGUAUAGGCUAUGUUUCUGCCAGUAAAAUAAAUUCCAACAAACAGGAUCGUCCUAUGUGCUAUGAGCUUUUGAAUUCAUCUAAGAAUGGAUAUGUUAUUUCUGCCGCGUUAUUCGUUCUCUCAAACUCGAUAUCUGAGAGGAAUGAUGUUGAGGAAAUACUCCGCCACACCUCCCUGGCUCAGUUCGUUAACUGCACUGUGUAUUUCAAAGAUCCUAUCCAGUAUCAAAGUUUCCUCGACAUUUUCAAAAAGUGCUUGAAUCUAUCCACAGUUUCAACUUUCCCCGUUAGCGAUCAUUCCCGCCUAUUUAAUCUUCUGAAACUAUGCCACGACCAGUGUAGAUAUUACCCGAGCGUCUCACCCAUACUCGAGGGAUUGCUCAACAAGAUUCUUGUAACCUUCACGGGCUCUUCUCUACUCGCUGCCACACUGCUCCAAGACAUGGUCGCAGAGAUCGGAGGCGUACCUGCCUGUCUUAUGUUGGAUAAAAUUUCGAAACAGCGAGAUAAUGCUUCAGAAGAUACCUUUUCCAAACUAUUCGACGCCAUCUUCAGGUUUAACGACGUUACAACGAGCAACGAGGGGACAUCAAUCCAAUAUUUAUUCCACAUGACGAAAUCCAUAGGCAUGUAUCUACACGAUUGCAGCCCGAACGGAAGCAAUCUUUUGUUGACCAAAUACACCGACUCUUUACUGCUAUUAUUCAAGUCUAUCAUAUCACUACAAGACAAAAACGACCCCGGCUCAAAGAGUGUCUGGAAUAACGCGAAAUUCGAUGCAGGCAUGAUUCUAAAACUGAACAAAAAUGCCACCGAACCACCCUCACCCCAACUCUCUGAACUAUUACAUACAUGCAGGAGCUUGUUCUAA